GACGCCCCGGCUAAGCUCGCCAUCGUCAUGAAGGUUAUUGGGCGCACUGGCUCGCGUGGCCAGGUGACCCAGGUGCGCGUGAAGUUCCUGGACGAUCAGAACCGUCUGAUCAUGCGCAACGUGAAGGGCCCCGUCCGUGAGGGCGAUAUCUUGACCCUACUGGAGUCUGAGCGUGAGGCCCGUCGUCUGCGGUAA